GGUGUGUUUCCUCUCACUGCAGCAUCCCAGCAGCCCUCAGCCAGCGCAUGGGAUGAGCAGAGAGAAAGAGAGACAGACGGAGAACAAGGCGUGUCACCCUGCCAACAGAGAAGAGCCCAAAACCCUAAACCUUUACGCUGUCUGUGAAGAAGCAUCAGAAGCGUGCAGAGUCACACGUGAGCCGUCUCUUGCUCCGGUGGAGGCUGUCUGGACCCAGCUGUGUUUGCAUGCGGUGGCUGCUGGUUUGAUGCAGAAUGCCUCUAGUUCAGUGUAAGCCGGCAUGCAGAAGAGGGAGCAACAGGACACAUCUUCAUCUGCUGCUCCUCCUCCUCAAUGUGCUACAAACACAUGGAUACAUUAUAAUACCUCCUGAUUACACAUAUAACAACCUAAAACAAGCUCCAACGAUCACAGUUCAGCCCGUGUCUCACACUGCUUUCUCUCUGGAUGAUGUGAUUCUGGCCUGUGAAGCCAGUGGAGACCCGGCACCCAGCUUCCGCUGGGUGAAAGAUGGCAAAGAGUUUAAGAGGGAACUGUUUGAGUCUGGGACCCUGACAGCAGAAGAUAAAGAGGAGCUCCGAUCCUAUCAGGGCUCGUACCGCUGCUACGUGGCCAAUGAGCUGGGAACCGCCGUCUCAGACCUGGCGCAGCUGAUCACAGAGCCCAUCCCAACCUUGGCCAAAGAGAAGAGGCAGAAAACAAGAUCGUUUGAGGAGGGAGACAGCGCAGUCCUCUACUGUAACCCUCCCAAGAGCUCUGUCACUCCCAAAAUACACUGGAUGGACAUGCAGCUGCGCCACAUCCCUCUGAAUGAGCGGGUGACCACUAGUCUUGAUGGAAAUCUGUACUUUGCCAACUUACUAGUCAAUGACAGCAGAGAAGACUACACCUGCAAUGCCCACUACAUCAACGCCAGCGUCAUCCUCCCUAAAGAGCGCAUCUCCAUCAGCGUCACACCCUCUAAUUCUGUGUUGAAGAACCGGCGUCCCCAGCUGCAGAAGCCAGCGGGAUCCCACAGCUCUUACCUGGUGCUCAGGGGUCAAACGCUGACUCUAGAGUGCAUCCCAGAAGGCCUCCCCACUCCAGAGGUGCAGUGGGAACGGAUGGACAGUCCUCUGUCUCCGGCGCGGGUCCGGAUGCUCAAAUACAAGCGCUGGCUCCAGAUCGAGAGCGUGUCGGAGGCAGAUGAUGGCGAGUACACAUGCACUGCCCAAAACAGCCAGGGAUCUGUUAAACACCACUACGCUGUGACGGUAGAGGCUGCUCCGUACUGGACCAGGCGUCCCGAGAACCACCUGUACGCCCCAGGAGAGACUGUGAGGCUGGACUGUCAGGCUGAGGGGAUUCCCACCCCAAACAUCACAUGGAGCAUCAACGGCGCUCCCAUCGCAGGGACAGACCCGGACCCGAGACGGCAUGUGAGCUCAGGGACACUGAUCCUGACUGACGUUCAGUACAGCGAUACGGCGGUCUAUCAGUGCGAGGCCACCAAUAAACACGGCAAUAUCCUGAUCAACACACAUGUCCAUGUAGUUGAGCUGCCUCCUCAGAUCCUGACAGAAGACGAUCUCAAGUACGAGGCCACAGAAGGGCAAACGGUUCUGCUGCAGUGCCGCACGUUUGGCUCCCCACAACCCAAAGUCGACUGGCAGAUUACCAACUCUGGUCCAGCUCUGGCCAAUGCUAAAAUGUCUCAGACGAGCGAUGGAAAUCUUCAGAUCAGUGACGUGAGUGAAGAGGACAGCAGCAUGUACACGUGCUCAGUGAGACACAGCAACAGGAGCAUCAGUGCUGAGCUGGUGGUCUUGAACAGAACUAAGAUUGUGGACCCUCCUCAGGACCUGCGGGUUUUACGAGGAGAUGAUGCUGUUUUGCAGUGCAGAUAUACAGUGGACCACAUGUUAAAACAACCCACAAUUCAGUGGAAGAAGGACAAACACAAGAUCACAUCAUCUGCUAAUGAUGACAAAUACACUGAAUCCCCCGAUGGUUCUCUGAAGAUCACUGAUGUUCAGAUGGAGGACUCAGGAAUCUACAGCUGUGAGAUCAGCACUAAACUGGACUCGGUCAGCGCUACCGGCUCCAUCAUUGUUCUGGAUAAGCCCGGUUCUCCUCACUCUCUGGAGCUGUCUGAAAAGAAGGAACGUAGUGUCACGUUGUCCUGGAUGCCAGGCGCUGAAAACAACAGUCCUAUAUCUGAGUAUGUUAUUGAGAGGAAAGAGAAGCAGAAUCCAGGAAAAGGCCACUGGGAGGAGUACAGAAGAGUUCCUCAAGACAUCACACACCUGGAGAUCCACCUGCAGCCAUACAGCACUUAUCACUUCCGGGUCAGAGGGGUCAAUGGCAUAGGAAUGAGUGAGCCCAGUCCUCCCUCAGAGUCAUACAGCACGCCUGCAGCCAAACCUGACAUGAAUCCAGAGAAUGUGACAUCAGUGUCGACUGAUUCGAACAGUCUGGUCAUCACAUGGCAGGAACUGGAGCAACGACAAUUUAAUGGGCCAGGUUUUAAGUACAAGAUCUACUGGCGUCAAGAAGGGGAUUCACAUUGGAUGGAAAGCAGUGCCUCAAAUCCUCCAUUCAUUGUGGAGGGCACCGGGACCUUCAUCCCCUUCCAGAUUAAAGUUCAGGCAGUCAAUGAGCUUGGUGCAGGACCAGAACCAGAUGCUGAGAUCGGUUACUCAGGGGAAGACUUACCUCUGGAAGCUCCUUCAAGUGUCGCAGUGUCUGAGCUGAACAAAACCACUGUCCUGGUCAAAUGGAGUCCAGUCAGCACCAAAUCUGUCCGUGGACACUUACUUGGCUACAAGAUCCAUGUGAGAAAGAAAGGCCCCAGAACUCACAGCCAAAGAGGCCUGCCGAUGCAAGAACCAGCAGCAGAACGGAACAGAGUGAUUGUGGCUAAUGGAAAUAAGGAGGAGAUGGUCUUGAGCGAUUUGCAUUUUCACUCGAACUAUACACUGACAGUUGCACCUUUCAACAGCAAAGGUGAAGGUCCGCAUUCGAAGGCGUAUCACUUUAGCACUCCAGAGGGCGCUCCUGGACCACUUUCAUUCUUGACCUUCGAAAGCCCAUCUGAGACGGAGAUAACCCUGCGCUGGGGAGCUCCAGACAAACCCAACGGAGUGCUCACAGGAUACCUGCUCCAGUACUAUGAACCUGUGCCUGGAAGUUCGAGCACACACCAGAUGAAGUCCCUCAACCUGCCCCUUGAUACUGAGUACACUCUGAAGGAUUUGAAUCCUCAGAUCCAAUACCACUUCAGUCUCAGAGCACUCACUGCCGCUGGUGAUGGGGAGCCUGUAGAAAUGGAGGGUGCCACCAUGUUGGAUGGAGAACCACCAUCUGUAAUCAACAUCACAGCUGGACAAACAUCGGUUAACAUCAGUUGGGUGCCAGGAGAAAGACGGCGUAGCUUUGCCUUUAGCUUCCGUUACCUGAAAAAAAGUGCGGAUGGUAAAUGGAAAGAGUCCGAAAAGGUCAACUCAUCACAGGCGUUCUAUCAGCUGCACGGUCUGACUCCGGGCUUUCAGUACAAACUAGAAAUCCUGCCCGGAAACUUCACCCGGGAAUUCGAAACUGCUGGACCAGAGCUGCAUGAGUUGCCCAGCAGCUUUGUAACUCAGGGCUGGUUCAUCGGACUCAUCAGCGCCUUGGUUCUGCUUCUGCUGGUGCUGCUCAUUCUGUGCUACAUCAAGAAGAGCAAGGGAGGAAAGUAUUCAGUUAAAGAUAAAGAGGAGGAUCAGGUCAAUGGGGCCCGUACAAUGAAAGAUGGAGAGUUUGGAGAGUACAAAUCUCUGGAGAGUGAUAACGAGAAGUGCUCCACCAGUCAGCAGUCUGUCUGUGAGAGCAAGCGCAGCAGCAAUGACAGUCUAGCCGACUACGGAGACAGUGUUGACAUCCAGUUUAAUGAGGACGGCUCCUUCAUUGGCCAGUACAGUGGACGCAGAGAUCCAAAUGGUCACGGCAGCUCGGGCGCCACAUCUCCCGUCAAUCCCAACAUGCCUCCACCCAGCAUCAGCUUUCCCACGUCUGUGACAGGAUUCCUGGGGCCAAACUAACGCUCCACCUCUACACACACACAUUCUUGACCAUUUGAAUGAGGGGUCCUGAUGGUAUUAGACAGGAUAUUGAUUUCAGGACAGACAGUCGUUACUAUAUGACACAAGAAACAACAUUAACCACCGGCUUCACGCUCACUUAAUAAUGAAACACAUGCAUCCGACAGACACGAAUAACCUGCAGGACAGUUGCUUCCAACAUUCCAUUCAAGCACUGAAAACUGUUUACAAUGCUCACUUCGCUGCUUCAAGUGAUGUUUGGAUUGUAAAUUCUCCCUCACUGGAAGUUUUGCCAGUUCUUUCACUGAAAUUAUGCAGAAGAAGAUGUGAUAAACAACAGACACAACAGGAAAAAGGCAUGAAUACAACUGUUUGAGAGUGUAGGGCAGACUUGGGCCUUGUUCAUGUGGCACACUAAUCCUAUUUGUUUUGAAUUUUAACGGUCAGUAGAACUGAGACUGAUUCUUUACAUGAUGUGGUCAGUAUUUCAUUCUAAGAUGCAGUUCCAGAAUUAUUUUAUUUUAACUGUUCAGACUAAACCAAAACAAAGUGAUUUUGCUGCCUCUCUGAACAAUGCCUUAUGUCGAAUACAUCAGCUGAAAUCACUGCGGUCAAUAGAAGUCAGGUCUUAAAGGCUGAAAAGCAAAAACCUUUUACUAUUCAUUAUGGGUUGAAGGCAUUAUUUUCCCAUUCACGAUUACAAAACGUUACAUUUAUUUGAAGUAUUGUUUUUGUAUUAUUCUUUUACUUAUGUUCUUUUUUUUUAUUAAAUACAUGUAUAUACAUACGUUUUUUCAUAAAGGCAAAUAUAUUUGAGUUAUAAUAUAUAUUUUUUAUUUUUUUUUAUUAUUAAAUUUUUUGCUUGUAAUACAGUUAUCUUAAUGAAUUUGUGUUUUAUAAAACAGUAUGUAUGAACAUUAAUAAUCUCCCAUAUGUGUCUCUCUGUCUUAAUAAUCAAUGUUCAGGGCUUUUAACUGUGUAUCGUUUGUAUCGUUGCCCAAGUAAGUUUUUAAAAUAAUGGUGUUUUUGAUGCAAUUUAUUACGUUAAAUUUUUUUGAAGUACAUACAGCCGCUGCACUAAAGCCAAAUUUUGUGAUCUUGACACUAACAUAUAUUUUUAAAAGAAAAAGAAAAAAAAACAGCAACAAAAUCUGAUUUCCAGCAGCAAAUAACAGCAUGAGAUGUAGUGCUAGGCUAGUUGAUGUAGUGUGAGGCUGUGCCUGUUGUUCUGCUGUAACGCUGAGGCCAAACCCUGAAAAACUGCUGUGCUCCAGUGUCUGUGUCAUCCGUCCGUAAGAUUGCAAAUAUUAACACUCAAACAUUGCUAAUUAUGUACAGUGAAUUAUUACUAACAAUAACAGUCAUACAGUAUAAUAUCACACAUUUGUCUCAUGUCAUCAAUUUUUGUUUUUGUUUUUUUUUUUUGGUGUGGGCAUUCAUUGAAUUUGUGUAGUUGGGAUAUUCCUGCCUGAAGGAAAUAGCCUUGAACAAUAUAACGAGCCGAUGGCAGCGAAUAGACACAAAUUACAGAACAAACUGAUGCUUCAUAAUCUGAAUGUAAGUCAUCUUUUCCAACUUUGAUUUAGUAUGUUUCCACAUUUAAUAUCUUUAUUAUUAGAUUUAGUAGUAUUAUUACACUUAAUCUGAUCUUUAGUUUAGAAAACAGGUCAGAAGUAAAAUGCAAUUUAUUUAGUGGACUUCUGAAUGACUAUAUUGUUGUGAAUUUCAUUAAAUGCAUUUGGGGGAAGAAGCAGUGAUGAUGUCAAGAUGGGCCUGCAGUUUAACGACAUCAUCACCUCUUAACCAACCCGUCUGAAGACUGCAGAGCGAUACAUCUGUGACAUUUUAUAAUGGCACGGGUAGAAAUAUCGUCAGACAGUAAUUACAGCUUUGAGUUUACUCAUUUGUCUUCUCUCGCAUAUGCCACAGCAUCCUGAAUUGUACCGAUCAAAAUCAUGCUGCAAACGGCUGGUUAAAAUCAAAUUAAAUACUAGGAAUAUUUACAACAAAUGUAUGUAAGAGUAUGUAGCUUGUGUAUGCAUUACAAUAUAUUUUCCUACAAAAAGGACUUGAGUUAAACCGGUGGAAUUGCAGUGCAUGGCUUUAUACGAUGAGCUGUGAAAGACCUAAAGCUCAUCAACAUCCCUCCUGGGUCUGUGGGAUAUCUCCAUAUUGUGUGUAAGCUUCUUCUUACCUCUGCUUUCUAUUUGUAAAUUGACACACUAAAAUGAGAAUAAAAAUGUAGUCAGAGUGGUAUUUCAAAGCA